AUGAUUAUCUUCACCCUUACAGUUAUCCUCGCCGCACUCCUUCCCCGCCAGUCUCUCGUAGCUGCGACUGGAUGCUGGAGAGAUACACCUUGCACUGGCCCUUCCGCUGCAUCCUUCCCUGGGCAAUGGGACCAGUACAACUACUCGCCUACCAGCAGGACAGUCAACCCUGUCAGAAUCCUUUCAUCUAGCAACACCUUUCUUUCUGACUUUCCCGGACCCUCAACACUCAGUGGAAAUGGAUCGCUUUUGAUUUUUGACUUUGGAAAGGAAGUGUCAGGUAUUGUGACAAUCUCGUACGCCGCGGCCAGAGGUCACGGUCAAAUAGGAUUGGCAUUCAGCGAAGCCAAGAAUUGGACUGGAGAAUACUCAGACGGCACGAACGGAUUCUACGAUUUUGUUAGUGAAGGAGCCAUAUAUGGCAACGUCACUGCCACAGCAGAGGCAAACUACACAAUGCCCAUCGACAAGCUUCGUGGUGGAUUCCGGUAUUUGUCUGUGUUUUCUAUAGCAGAUUUCUCGUAUGGCGCAGAAGACAAGGGUAUAAUUGAGGUUGACAUCCAUGAUGUAAGCCUGGAGAUUAGUUAUCAGCCUUCUUGGACAAAUUUGCGCGCCUACCAGGGAUACUUCUCUUCAAGCGAUGACCUGCUGAACAAAAUUUGGUAUGCGGGGGCGUAUACUCUUCAAACUAACUCCAUUCCACCCAACACUGGCCGACGUCAAGUUAAUCCGGGCUGGGAGAACGAUGAGAACCUCAACCUCAAUACUGAUGGUGAUACUAUCUAUGUGGACGGGAGCAAGCGGGAUCGAACUGUAUGGGCUGGCGAUCUCACAGUUGCUCUUCCCAGUAUUUUGGUUAGCACUGGCGACCUAGAUGGGCUUAAAAAUACUAUCCAAGUGCUGUUGAACGAUCAGCAAUCCAGCGGCGAGCUUCCAUUCGCUGGGCCAGGACUCAAUAUCUUCGGUUCAGAUACCUACCAUAUGGCUACACUAAUCGGAACGUAUGAUUACUUUUUGUUCACGAACGACACGGAUUUUCUCAGUGCAAACUGGGAUAGGUAUAAAGCCGGCAUGAAGUUCAUCACGGAUAAAAUUGAUAGUACUGGAUUAUUGAAUGUGACUGGAACGAAUGACUGGGGUCGCUCCGCGAGUCAAGGAGCCCAUAACACAGAAGCAAACAUGUUCAUGUACCAGACUCUUACAGUUGGCAGCGCCCUUGCUAAUUGGACCGGGGAUACUACUUCUGCUUUAGCAUGGUCAUCACUGGCAGCUACACUGAAGACGGCGGUAAACAACCUCCUUUGGGAUGAUUCAGUAGGUGCCUUCAAAAAUUCCGACACAGAUGCUAGCGUUCACCCCGAAGAUGGCAACAGUUUAGCCCUCUAUUACAAUGUUGCGGACGCUUCCAAGGUCCAAAGUAUCAGUAAGCAACUCACCAGCAACUGGGGUCCCAUCGGUGCCAUCUGCCCUGAGCUUCCCAACAACAUCGUUGGGUACAUCGAAGGAUUCGAAAUCAAAGGCCAUCUCGUAGCACGCCAAGCUUCCCGAGCCCUUGAUCUAAUCCGGCGUUCAUGGGGCUGGUAUCUGAACAACCCCUACGGCACGGAAAGUACGAUCAUCGAAGGGUAUCUCGCGGACGGCACUUUUGGCUAUCGAGCAGACGAUGGGUAUAACAAUGAUUAUGCGUACACUUCGCAUGCACAUGGCUGGAGCACUGGCCCUACAGAUGCACUGACGAGCUAUAUCGUCGGGUACACACUCACGGCACCCGGAGGCAGCGAGUGGCAAAUCGCUCCCCAGUUCGGAGACUUGACGCACGCAGAAGGCGGGUUCACGACCCCGCUGGGCAAGUUCGCCGCCAACUGGCAUACUUUUGAUGGCGGAUACACGAUUGCUUGGGGAGGACCCGCCGGAACGUCUGGCAAGCUCAUUUUGCCAGGAGCUAAUGGCGUCGCGCCUACGGUGGUGAAGGACGGGCAGAUUACGGCCAAGGAGGCGGCAGUGUAUGAUGCGGAGGCACAGACUCUCACGAUUCCGUUCCAGGCUGAUGGGGGCGCACAUAAUGUCACGGUUACUUAUUAG